AUGAAUAUUUCUUUUUCUUUUAAAAAAGCUUAUUCUUCUGAAUUAACAAGUAACAAAAAUGUUAGUGCAUUAGCAUGGAAUCGAAAAAAUUCAGAUUUACUUGCUGUUGGUUAUGGACCUUUUGAAUAUAAUGAUCAACGUGAUGGUUUAGUUUGUUGUUGGACUUUGAAAAAUCAAGACUUUCCUGAAAGAUAUUUUCAUACACCUGCUGCUGUAACAACUGUAGCGUUUUCAGUCAAAUUUCCAUCAUUGUUAGCGGUAGGUCUUUACGAUGGCACAGUAAAUGUAUAUGAUGUUCAAAACAAUUGUGAUAAGCCAUUACUUGAUACAGAAGAAUCAUUGGGAAAACAUACAGCACCUGUAUGGCAACUCUAUUGGGUAGAAGUCGAAAAAGGUCGUGAUGAUGAUACAGGCGAAGUACUUAUGUCGAUUUCGACAGAUGGUCGAGUUACUCAAUGGUUAUUACGCAAAGGUUUUGAAUCGAAUGAUUAUAUGAAAUUAAAACGUAUCUUGAGUAAACAAACAGUACAAAAACGUGACACUGGAAAAGAUACAAAAGGUCCUAGAUCUGAAAAUUUACUUUUUCGUUCUUCCGGUGGUCUCUGUUUUGAUGUUUGUCCAGAUGAUAAAACAAUAUAUUUAUGCGGGACUGAAGAAGGUCUUAUUCAUCGAUGCUCUGUAUCAUAUAACGAACAAUAUUUAGAUACUUUUUCUGGACACACAGGUCCAGUUUAUCGAAUAGCUUGGAGUCCACUCGCAAAAGGUGUUUUUCUUUCAUCAUCAGCUGACUGGACAGUAUCACUUUGGACAGUUGAUCGAUUUCAACCAUGUAUUACAUUUGCAUCGAGAAAGAAACCAGUAUUUGAUAUUUGUUGGUCACCAAAAUCAGCAACAAUAUUUUGUUGUGCGAACGAAGAAGCUGUAGAAGUAUGGGAUUUAUCAAAAAAUACACUUGAACCAAUAAAUGUUAUAUUAGCUACUCAACAAUACAUAUUUACUUCGAUAACAUAUGCACCAAAUUCUGAAUGUGUUCUUGCUGGUACUAGUAUUGGCUCUGUCAUGGUAUAUCAUUUAAAAAAUAUUCCAGCAGCAACAACAGCAAAUGAUUUAAUGGAGAUAAUCGAACAACAAACAAAUAAUUUACCUCCAGCAGAAGAUACAUCAUCAUCAGUCGCUUCUAAUGUAGCAGCAAAAGAAACUGGUACAGCUAUUCAUGGAACAACAUAA